CGAGCCGUCAUGUCUGACACCUGACUUUUUAUGUUGCAAACACAAUUUGUGAAUUUUAAAUAAUAAAUGACCAAUAUUAUUAGUUCUACCGUUUACUAAUUCAAGCUGCUUGGUUCAAGUUUAUGCUAGUGUAAUUUUAAGCGAUGAAAGUUUUGUAGAAACGGUACAUUUCACGUCCACACUUGGGUUAAGUUGACGUCUGUAAUCGGGGCUUCUGCAGCCGACUCCAUGAAUAUUAACUGGAUAAUAUGAUAACAUGGCUGUGCAACCUGACUCUGGCGGGAAGGACGACGUGAAGACCCAGUUUGCGACUCGCGAAGGCGUUUACCGCUUGAUGACUUUGUCGGAGUACUCGCGGCCUAAUCGCGUGGGCUACACAAGCGGCGCGGGCUCCUCUCAUGUACGCGUGUCGCUCGUGUCGCUGCCCCCGGGGCCUGGCAGCGGGGCCCCGGGUUCCGACGGCCACGGCUCAGACGACAGGAUAUGCUUCAACCACGGGAAGGAACUUUAUGUUUAUGUGUACAGAGGAGUCAAAAAGGCGGCUGAUCUUUCAAAACCGGUGGAUAAAAAAAUGUACAAAGGCACAAACCCAACAUGUCACGACUUCAACACCGUCACGAUGACAUCGGAGAGUGUAUCUUUAGUCAUAGGAUUUUCUACCGGCCAAAUUCAACUCAUAGACCCUAUUAAAAAGGAAUUAAGUAAAUUGUACAAUGAAGAGAGACUGAUUGAUAAAACAAGAGUAACAUGCAUAAAGUGGGUUCCUGGUUCGAGUAAUCUUUUCAUCUCGGCGCACGCAUCAGGACAGCUGUACGUCUACAACGAAGAGUUGACUUGUGGCACCACCGCGCCUCACUACCAGCUCUUUAAACAGGGUGAGGGCUACUCGAUACACACGUGCCGGACCAAGUCAACGAGAAAUCCCUUAUACAGGUGGGUCAUAGGCGCCGAGGGUAGCUGCAUAAACGAAUUCGCGUUCUCGCCGUGUGGGACUAACCUGGCGGUCGUGUCGCAGGACGGUUUCCUCAGAGUGUUUCACUAUGAUACGAUGGAGCUGAUCGGGCGGGCGAGAUCGUACUUCGGAGGUUUUCUGUGUGUGUGCUGGUCGCCGGACGGAAAAUAUGUCGUUGUGGGUGGCGAGGAUGACCUGGUGACAGUGUGGUCGUUCAGCGAGAUGCGGGUGGUGGCGCGCGGGCAGGGCCACCGCUCCUGGGUGUCGGUGGUCGCCUUCGACCCGUAUGUCGUCAGCUUCACUGACCCUGAAAGCGAGGAGGGCGUGGAAGACGACCGGCAGAAGAGUGAGAGCGUGCAGUGUUAUAGACUAGGCAGCGUCUCGCAAGACACUCAGCUGUGUCUCUGGGAUUUAACGGAGGACGUUCUAAAGCCGCCGGUGAGAGCGCGAGCGUCCGCGCAUCUGUCACCGAACAGCCAAACGUUCUCCCCGAACGGAGUCCCGGGCAUGAAGGUUCCCGCAAAAGGAACGAAGACGAACAAGAUCGGUCACAAGCACGCAGAACUCAGCGGCCAAGCGACGGCGACGGGCGAGUCGUCCGGCGCUAAAGCGACGACGAAAUCCAAAACGAACAACGUCGCCACUUUAAACAUAAGCGUUGGAAAGGCGAAGGAAGAGAGCUCCGGCUCAUUGGGAGUAAAUUCUUUAACGCAGCGGCUGGCCGGGUUUUCGUUCGGCGAUCGGAGGUCGGAUCACCGGCGCAACUUCAGUCUAUCGUCUUCGAAACCGACAGAGUCGAAAUCCGCGUCGAGUUCUGUGGCGUUACGUGGCAAAGCUGGCGCGACGAGCGAAGGGGAUCCGGUGCGGUUGAUGGGCACGCCGUCGUGCCCGCGCUUCGACGAGUGUCCCGUAUUAGAGCCGCUGGUGUGUAAAAAAAUCGCACAUGAGCGGCUGACGGCACUAUUAUUUCGCUCCGAGUACCUAGUGACGGCGUGCGCGGAUGGUUGUGUGAACACGUGGGCGCGGCCGGCGCGCGCGGCCAACGGCGAGCCGCGCCCGCACCGCCGCAUCGAGCGGAUCGACCUCGUCGACUAGUCCCUGACCUUCGAUCGGUUCUGCUGCGUUUGGGCGCUGUGAGGCAGCUAGGGUGGCCGUUCAAGGAUUUAAUUGUUUUUUUUUUUUUUACUAGAGAAGGUUGAAAUAAUUACCUUAGUUUAAAACAAUACUAUAAACCGAAAAAUGUGAUCUGAUUUGAAGAAAAAUUCUUGAUUACUAAGGGCCCUUAGCCCACGGCGACUUUUUGUCGCGCAUUUCUUAAACGAGCGAUAGCAUCGCUACUAACGCGCGUUAGUCGCAUUUGCAACGCACUACAGAAGUGAUGCCAACGCGCUACUAACGCGCUACAGUUGCGCGACUGCAUUGCUACAAAAAGUCGCCGUGGGCGAGGGCCCUAAGGUACGAUUGUUCCGCGACACGUAUCGCUUGUUAUGAUGAGCUAAAGACUUUAUAUCGAUGCAUUAAAUCGUUUCUUAACAACAAAUGUAUCGAUUUAAAACUAUAAAUACCAGGUUUUCUGCACUCUGGUAGAAGUAGGUUAUGUCAUGACCAUGUCAAGCGAUAAGUUUCGCGGAAUAUUUUGUAACUUGACAUUAUUAUUAAUUUGGAUGUUAAAACGUGAUGAUUUAAGUGUCAAAUUAGUCCUUGAACGAGCCAAACUUAUGAACUAUAGUUAGGAGGCCCAACCAGCAGUACUAUAUCGAAUUAAAAGUUGAGGUGUGACGUUGAGUGCUAAAUAAUUAUUCCAUUAAAGGUUUGGUUGUGUGCGUUUUAUCGCUAAGACUAGGCGCGCUGGAACUUUGUGUGUGAAAUAUCAAUGUUGCUAUCCUAAAAAAAUACCAGUCUUGAUUAUUUUUUUAUAAAUAGGUAAAUUUUAUUGGCAUGGUUCUUGAAAUUUGUGGAAAUCAAUCAAUCUUGUGGAUUUAGUUCAAUUAACGAGCGCUAAUUGCUACUGCUAAUACUUUAAAUUAUAAAAACAUGGUUUGAUGAUUGAUCGUAAUUGCACAUCUGUACUUAAAGAUUUAUUUUGUGUAUGCAGAUCUAGACAAAUUUGAUAUAAUUUUUAAUUGUUUACAUUUCCUAUUAAGCUCAUGAAAAUUCAUUCAAUUAUAAGUCUUUACUCACUCAACCUUUGAUUGGAGAUUCGAGUGAUGGAUUGGUCCAAUUUCAAUUUUUGUACCAAUCAAUUACACUCGUUUUAAAAUCCAGGAUUGAAUGUUUUAGUAUUCAAACUCAAGAAUUCGAAUUCAAACCUUCAGAUAGUUCAAUACUAUACAGACAGAAUGAAAAGUAGUUGUCAAAUCUAGCUUUAUACACUGAGAUCUUCCUAUGUCACACAACAAAGUUUCAGUGGGAAUGUAUGUAAUAUGUAUGUAUGUAUAAGUGUGCAUUUCUAAUGUAAGACGACAUACGAUUGCAGGUUUAGCUAGCAAUAGAAAAGAAAUUCAACUGUAAUGUAUAGCAGUGUAUUAUAUUGUAUGAUUUAAGGGACAGGAUUUUCUCAGCUCACUUAUGUACAUAUAGUGAUAGGUAAGGCCGAAGACGGCUCGGCACCCGCACCCGUGCGCUUAUCGACUACUUGUGUAUGUAACUAUUUAUUUCUUUUUAUCAAGUUAAGUGUUGUUGGGUCGGUUGACGCGUCUGUAAGACUCGUAAAUUUUAUCGAUACAUUUUACCAUGUGAGACUUGCGUAAGUUGUUAUUAUUGAAGUUCAGCUAUUAGUUAAUAGUUAUAGCUUAGCAAAAUAUUAUAUCAUAGACAAUUUGUCACUUUGUGUCUUGGUUCUCUUUCGUAGAUGUAACGCGAAGUACCACUAAAUCAGUCGCAGGAAAGGCCUUCAGUAAAGUCAAAAUGUUAUGCUAUGAACAGAUAUGGUAUGCAAUAUAUUUUAUAUAGAGAAAGAAGAAUUUUCGAUGUCAAAGUUAAUGAUUACGCAGAGUACCUUUACUAGCAAAUUAUGUACGAACAUUUAGCUAAAUACUUCGUUUUUCAUGUAUCCUUCCUGCCUAGUUAUUUGUUAUAUUUUAAUAACACUUGUAGUCACUAUUAUUUAUGUGUAUCACGUAUAACGUCUUGUUUUAUUGUAAAUUUAAUGUAAAUGAGUCUCUGGAUAUUGUAUAAAAUUCGGUUCUUGUAAAAUUCGAGAUUUUUCGCACUUUAUUAU